GCCAUUGGACAAUAAUCGUGUUUUCAGUGUCGCCCUGCUUGUGAGCGUUCCUCCUCACAGAACACCUUGGUCGUCAUGGUUCUUUGCUGAGGUGAAGAUGAGUCGCUUUCUGAACGUCCUGCGCAGCUGGCUGGUGAUGGUGUCCGUCAUCGCAAUGGGGAACACGGUGCAGAGCUUCCGAGACCACAGCUUCCUGUCCGAGAAGCUCUACACCGGCACGCCAGAGUUCGUGAAUGGUCUUCAAGCUCGGACCUUUGGCAUCUGGACUCUACUGUCCUCCAUAAUCCGCUGCGCCUGCGCCAUUGAUAUUCAAAACAGAACGUUGUAUCAUAUCACCUUGUGGACGUUCGUGCUGGCAUUGGGUCACUUCCUGUCUGAGGCCUUCAUCUACAAGACGGCCCCUCUGACCAUCGGGGUCAUGGCCCCACUCAUCGUGGCAGGUUUCUCCGUCAUCGGGAUGCUGAUCGGAUUCCAGUGUUUUCCUGAAUCGCAAGAGGAAGUCGGAGCGAGACAGAAGAAGCGUAACUGACAUCUUACAUCGUGCUUCAUCAGUGAUGAAGAUGAGUCAGGGCUAUUGUUCGAUCUUUGCUAGAUGAAGCGGUGUGGCACUGAGGCAACGCCUGCUUCGUAUUUGACCUCUGUUUUACUGUUGUCUGAUUUGUAUUGUGGGUCAUAUCAGGCUCAGCUUUUGUUCAUGUCAACCUUUUACACUGCAGCGACAUGAUUGAAUUAAACAACUAUUGUGAAGUUG